UUCGUUCGCGUUAGUGGUGUUUGUCCACGGUGUUGCGGUGCGUACUCGGCGGCGGGUGUGCGUGGUCCGUUUUUUCCGAACGAAACACCGCGCGUGAAACGUGGACAUACGAGGUGGUACGAAAUCACCGACCGUAGACGAGGACGAGGGGCGAGAUUGAACGAGAUACACGACCAGAGAUGCGGCGAAAUGUGAAAAUUGUGUUGCUGCUGUCAUGCGCGUGGAUGUUCGCUUUUGUUUAUUACUACCACACGUCGCGAGAUACCAAGAACGAGAACAGAGCCCUACGAUUGAAGGAGCCUGCGUCGCUGGCCCUUUCUGCCGCAAAUUCCGGCAACUACGUGGACCCUGAUGGCACUGCCAUUGUGAUGUCUUCCGAAUUACUGCCUGCACCUACUCCGGACCCGAGGGUGACAUGGAACUACUUCGACGAACAGGGAUAUGUGUCGAGGGGAGGAUUACGAGCAGGAGAGGACCCAUAUGCUAGGAACAAAUUCAAUCAGGAAGCUUCCGAUGGACUUCCCAGCAAUCGCGAUAUACCUGAUACACGCAGUGCAAUGUGUCGAAUGAAACAAUGGAGAAGAGACCUGCCUCCAACCUCCGUAAUAAUCACUUUUCACAAUGAGGCGCGGUCGACGCUGCUCAGGACUGUCGUCAGCGUGCUGAACAGAAGCCCGGAGCACUUGAUAAAGGAGAUUAUAUUGGUGGAUGACUUCAGCGAUCAUCCGGAGGAUGGUGAAGAGCUAUCGAGGAUACACAAAGUGCGAGUGAUACGCAACGAAAAGAGGGAGGGCUUGAUGAGAUCGAGGGUGCGAGGCGCGGAUGCAGCCACCGCCAGCGUGUUAACGUUCCUCGACUCGCAUUGUGAAUGCAACGCCGACUGGCUGGAGCCCCUUUUAGAAAGGGUGGCUGAGGAUCCUACGAGGGUCGUCUGCCCUGUCAUUGACGUCAUAAGCAUGGACACCUUCCAAUAUAUUGGAGCAUCGGCUGAUCUAAGAGGCGGCUUCGAUUGGAGUCUAGUCUUCAAAUGGGAAUAUCUGAGUCAAACCGAAAGGCAAGCGAGACAAAAGGACCCUACGCAGGCGAUUAGAACGCCUAUGAUUGCCGGCGGUUUGUUCGUAAUCAACAAGGCGUACUUCGAGAAACUGGGCAAGUACGACACUCAGAUGGACGUGUGGGGCGGCGAGAAUCUCGAGAUAUCGUUCCGAGUGUGGCAAUGUGGCGGCAGCUUGGAGAUUAUUCCGUGCUCGCGCGUCGGCCACGUGUUUCGAAAACGUCAUCCGUACUCGUUCCCGGGGGGCAGUGGAAACGUUUUCGCCCGGAACACCAGACGAGCUGCUGAAGUGUGGAUGGACGAUUACAAACAGUUCUACUACAACGCGGUGCCUCUGGCACGCAACAUCCCUUACGGAAAUAUUCAAGACAGGAUGGAGCUGAAGCGGAAAUUGCAUUGCAAGCCCUUCAGUUGGUAUCUGAAAAACGUGUAUCCCGAGCUGGUUAUACCAACGAGCGAGGGUGGUCCUGGUGGAUCGUUGAAGCAGGGUACAGCGUGUCUGGACAGUAUGGGCCACCUUCUCGAUGGGAAUGUGGGUCUUUACCCGUGUCAUGACACCGGCGGUAACCAAGAAUGGGGUCUGACGAAGGACGGUCUCAUCAAGCACCAUGAUCUCUGUCUGACAUUGCCAGUGUACGCGAAAGGCACGACGCUAUUAAUGCAAAUCUGCGACGGUAGCGAGAAUCAGAAAUGGAGGCACCUGGAGGGUGGCUUGAUCCGCCAUUCGAGGAUCCCAGUGUGCGUUGAUUCGAGAUACCAUGCACAAAGAGGCAUCACGGCGGAGAAAUGCGACUCCAAUGCCGAGACACAAAGGUGGCAUCUAUACAAUCACAAUCACUAGCUUCAAAGGACGACCAGUGUUUCGUGAAGACCGCGGUGCCGUCGUCAUUCACGAAGGGCCGAACGAGUACAGUAUUUGAUCAGAAGAAGGAAGGUCGAUCUAAUCAGGGAGGGCAAUCUGAUCGAUACAAGAUCGAGAUCGCUCAAACGAACCCGAUGAUGAUUUACACAGGGUUCGUUGCAUUGAGAGAAAAGAAAGGACCUUCUUGACGAGGCCUGAAGAUGAAAAACUAUCUGAAUUAGAAGAGUGGUAUAUCAAUCCGAUAUACUCAUAGAUUUAAUGAGACUGUUUGAAGAGAUGUUUAAGGAGAGAUCACAGAGAACAUGGAAUUGAAUUCAUGUUUCAUAGCGGAGAAACAGAUUGUCUUUUCGUUCUAUCUUAAGUAGAGAAUGAUAUGAAAAUUCGAGGAGAAGUUCACCCUUUGUGAGAUUGAUUUGUGAUGAAUGAAGAAUAUAUCUACGCUUUCUUUUUUUUUUUUUUAUUUUAAUUGAUCGAUGAUAUUUGAUUGUAAAAUAAGAGUUUGUCCUAGUCGGUAAAAGGUUAAUUUCGAAUCGCUACUUCGAAGCGUAUUCAUUUCAGUGCAUUUACGUUAACCUCGAUGAUCUCAAAUGGAAUCAUUUUGGAACUUCAUCGUGUAGAAUAAAAGUCAAAAGGAACAAAAAAAUGGACAAAUUCCAACAUCGUAAUUUUAAGCGGACUCUCCACUCAUUGAUCGUUUGAAUAUCGUUUAGACAAACGUUGAAACGCUUAUCAAUUUUCAUGCAAUCGACGCGCGAUUUAUUAUUACAUGGCGAUUGAUUCUCCAGCGUUGUUUCCGCGAGAAUAAAACAAAGUAACGGCAAACUGUAUCUUUUUACCAAUUUCCCUAUUUCCACGGCCUUAAACAAUAAACGUAAAGGCAAAAACGCUAUUUCUAGAUCGAUUAUUAGUUUCUUAGCCGACCACACGACACACGCAUACACACACGGUAUACGUGGCGCGUCGAUAUCGAUGUGCGUCUCCGAUCUAAGUGCAGAUCGCGACGCGAAUCGGGUGCUUCUCGAUCCAAAGACAUGCGCUACCAUUCUCACAAAGAGAUUUAUUUUUCUAUAAGAAAAUUGUAUACUUACUUGGUUGUGCGAAUAGCUGGGAAUUAUGGUGUGCUCGCCUCACGGAGAUUCGACGUGUUACAAAAUCGAUUUACGUUAGUCGUUUUGCUGUUGUGUCAGACGAUGCUUGUUUCUUUUAAAUUUCUUUCGCUACUUGAAUGCUGGUGACAAAAUUUGCCUUUUCUAAAAAAAGAAAUAAAUUUAUAAAUAAAAGAAUAAGUUAAAUAACCAUCAACACGUCGAGUUAUCCAAAGGCGAGAAAAUGGAGCGACUACUAUACAGCAAGAUGCAGAGAAAGAACGAUCUUUUGUACACUGAUACUUUCACGGCGACGAUGAUUCGACUGCCGUCAUCUCGCAUUCAACCUCUGACACACGUAUACAUAUAUGUACACAGAAGUUACGCUAUCGAAUUAUUGUAAGCUUUUGUAUGAUACGAACGCGUCCCAAAUCACUUACACAUGUAGCUACGUUCGUAGGUUUACGAAACCAGUGUUUCACAUUCGGAAAAAGAUUGUUUUUACUCUUAAAACGCGUUAAGCUAAGCUAUCGGACAAUAUGAUUGAAAUUUCAUCGAUUCCGAAUUGAUGCAUUGUACAUAUGUAUGUGUUUAAAAGAUCUCGUUUAUCGAACGAUUCAUCUAAACGCGCAUAUUUCGAGCCGUCGAUUUGGCUCAAAUUUUAUGUAUAAUUGACGCACUACGCGCAUAAUAAUUUUCCGAAUACAUGAUAGAACACAUGAAUAAUGUAUCAUGUGCAUUUGGAAUGUUAUUGCAUGCGAUGUAGUCUUACUACAUACUUUCCUCGUCAAAAUUUUAAUUCAAACGCAUUCGCGUGAAUCUUUUCAUUCAAUCGCUAAAUUAAUUAAACGCUGCGAACGAUAACACGUUUAAACCUAAGAAUUUUCCCAACUUGCUCGAGAAAGAUCCUUCGGAUCUACGAAAUGUUACAAACGAACAGACAAAAAUAUCAAAAAGGUACUAAACGCGCAGAAUAAUGAAGAAGUUCCUUUCGAACUUCCGUUUUUUCUCGAUCAACUCACUGUAUCGACGCGCUGUAAAUACUUCGACGCGAUCGAUCAAUCGUCUGUUUCCCGUCCUAAGGCGUCUCUGAGUGAUUUACGAAUGAUGUCAUUCGUACCUUUCCGUUCGCGAGUAACGGGGCAACCAUAAUCCCGUGCUAAAUUGUACAUAACGUGUCUACAAUAUAUAUAUAUAUAAGUUAAAUAAAAGCGUCGUACUUCCACGAAUCUGUAAGAUGUAAGAUAAACGAGCGACUUAACAUUUAAGAUUAAGGUACAGGGCGCUUGAUCCCCGUGCUCGGUUAACAAUAAGAAAUACGCUGUACAUUGUCACGAAUAUUUCCGACUUGUCUAUUGUAUGUACGAUACGUUCAAUUCUUUAUUAGCCUCGUGUUUAUUAAGAUAAUGCGCUGUUGCAAGGGAAGGAUCCUAUUUAAAUCUUCUUAUUCCGUUUAAGAAGCUCGAUCCAUUGAAGACUCGGUAUGUGAAAGCAACGUUUCUAUAUUUAAAGAUAGCUAUUAAGGGAUGAAGCUUUUGUUUUACAUUUAAUUUAUACAUAUAACUAUGCCAUCCCUUCGACAUUGAAACUAUAUCGAAAUUGUAACGAAUCCACAAAAAUAAUCCUGAAAAAAAAAAAAAAUACAAUAUAUGUAUGCAUAUAUGGACGUUCGUUUUCGACACCGAAUACCUGUCUUCAAGGUGUACACGUUGUAUUUCUACGACUCUGUAUUUUGCAAAUGUAUCAUACUAAAAAACUAGGGAUAUAUAUAAGUAUAUACGAGUGGUAAAUGCUUAUAUAUAUUUGCAUCUCGUACAUUAAGAACGCGAUAAUAUAAUACUUAUAGGAACAAGGUUUUUUC